GCGGGAAUCGCUUUGCGAACUCAGUUGUGUCGCGCGGACGGUGCUGCCAACAGAAAAAAAAGCGGGAAUUUAUUUUUUUUAUACUCCGCACUCGUAAGGUGUUGGUUAAGAUGAAAUACCUGGUUGUAUUCGCCGUUUUUGCUCUGGCGCUGGCCGCCGAAGAAGCUAAGGAAGAGGAAAGGCCAAAAACUUUCAGACGGCUUAUUCCUGCUGAUAUUCUGAGAGACUUCCCCGGCAUGUGCUUCGCCUCAACCCGGUGCGCGACCGUCGAGCCUGGCAACACCUGGGACCUGGCGCCCUUCUGUGGCAGGAGCACCUGUGUAGUCAGCGAAGACCAGCCCCCAAGACUUCUGGAGCUGGUCGAAGACUGCGGACCACUGCCGCUUGCCAACCCCAAGUGCAAGCUUGACACUGAAAAGACCAACAAGACCGCACCAUUCCCUGGAUGCUGUCCGAUCUUCACCUGCGAAGAUGGAGUGAAAUUGGAGUACCCAGAGCUCCCCACCCCUCCUCCGGAAGGAGAAGAGAAGAAAGAAGAGGAGAAACCUAAAGCUUAAGAAAAAAUAGUGUAAAUAAAAUAGAAAUUCACAGAUUAUUCGAACGCAGAACUACGUUGGCAGUUGUGAGAAAAAAAAAUAUUGACGCGUUCUUUCCAAAUUAAAUCUGUGAAAUAUUUGGUCUCAUGAAAUUGUUAUACCAAAAUUUUUAUUUUCGUGUACAAUACAUUUUUGUAACUGUUAUUUCUCAGUAUCCACUAACAAUGGGAUUACAAUGAACAAAUAAAUUCAAACGAAGCUUCAUAUUUCCUGUUCAUUCAGCGAUAUAAAAGAUAAUACAUGACUAAUCUUUUGUUUGAAAUGAUCGCUAUGCAUUCGAUAUCCAGAUAAAAGUGGAAUGCAUAGACACAAGUGUUUGUUUUUUUAGAAGUUUACCAGCUUUUUUAUUUGAAUACAUGCCUAAUAUAAUGUGAUAUUGAUACAAUUAAAUAAAUAAUUAAUAUAAAAGUUAUUCAAUAAAAAAACACAAAAUUUCUAAAA